AUGAUUUCUGAUAAAAGAAUUGCAAUCAAAUUUGUUCUUGGUGUUCUGUUCUGUGCGUUUGUUUCGGGAGAUUCAGAAGUGAGAUGCGUGGAGAGGGAGAGAGAAGCUCUUCUAAGCUUCAAGAAUGGCCUCAUCUACGAGCAUGGCCAUCUGUCGUCGUGGCAAAGCAACGAAUGCUGCAAAUGGUAUGGCGUCGAGUGCAGCAACGCCACCGGCCACGUCAUCAGCCUCCAGCUUAAUGGUGUGAAUUUAAGAGGUAAGGUUGGCUCCUCAUUGCUUGAGUUGCAUCAAUUAAAUUCUCUUGGCCUCAGUUGGAAUGAUUUUGGAGGCAUUCCGAUCCCGGAAUUCAUUGGCUCCAUGAAACAGUUGCAACACUUGUAUCUAAGGAGUUCUAACUUUUCCGGGUUUGUCCCUCCUCAGAUAGGGAACCUUACCAACCUACGCGCACUUGAUCUCUCGUAUAACUCUUUGAGGAUUGAGAAUCUCGAUUGGCUUGCAAGUCUCUCUUUGUUGUCUUAUCUUGAUCUGAGUCACAUUGACCUAAGUCAUGCCAAUUUGUUAGAACAUGUCACAAGUCUUCAUUUUCUACGUGAAUUGCACUUGGCCUUCUGUAACAUUAGUGUUGUCAAGCAUUCUGCUUCUCCUCAUAUAAGGAGCCUUACCAGCCUACGCUCACUUGAUCUCUCGUUUAACUCUUUAAGUUCUACAUCUAUAUUUAUAUUUGUUUCGGAGUUGGAAUCACUUGAAAUAUUGAACCUGGAAUAUAAUCAACUCAAUGGAUCAAUACUAGACCUGAGAGCAUUUUCUUCACUGAAAGAAUUGUACCUUUCCGGGAAUAACUUGACAGGCUCCAUUCCUCUAAGUAUCGGCCAACUCUCGGAGAUUCAAGUUCUAGACCUUUCUUAUAACUCUUUGGAAGGUUUAGUCUCCGAAUCCCACUUUAUGAAGCUCCAUAAGUUAAACACACUAGAUUUAUCCUUCAAUCCACUGAUGUUGGAUAUUGCCCCGGAUUGGAGUCCUCCUUUUCAGUUGAAAACUAUAUCGUUAGCUGGGUGCAGCGUGGGGCCGUAUUUUCCAAAAUGGAUCCGAACACAGAGGAAUUUGUCAUCCCUUGAUGUCCAUGGUGCCAAUAUAACAGAUGAAGCGCCAAGGUGGUUGUGGACUACGCUUUCUUUAUUACAACACUUACAUCUCUCCGACAAUCAAAUAAGUGGUAUAGUUCCGGAUCUCUCAACCACCUCCAUCCUGCACAUUGAUCUAAGCAACAAUCAAUUCUCAAGUCAUAUACCAUUAUUUCCUACCAAUAUUAGUGGUAUUUACUUGGGUGGAAAUAUGUUCAAUGGUUCACUUUCAUCUAUUUGCGAAACUCGCCAUGAUAAUCUUAGAUCCCUUACCCUCUCAAACAAUCAGUUGGCAGGAGAGGUUCCGAACUGCUGGGAGAAAAUGCCCAACUUACUCUCCCUCAAUUUGGCAAACAAUAGUUUUUCGGGUGAAAUUCCAGCCUCUCUGGGGGCUUUAGGGUACAAUGUUGCACUGCAGAUGCAUGGUAACAAUUUAUGGGGCGAGUUGCCUUACAGUUUGAGACAUUGCCAAGAAUUGAGAUUGAUUGAUGUUGGAGGGAAUUUGUUAACAGGAGAGAUCCCCACUUGGAUUGGGCAGAUGUAUAACAUGCAUUUUCUAAACCUUCGUGGAAAUAAAUUGCAUGGCGGUAUUCCUUCCCAGAUAUGCAACCUUACUAGAAUUCAAGUUUUGGACUUGUCGAUAAACAAGUUGGAUUCGAUCAUACCUGAUUGCUUCAACAAUUUUACAGCCUUGGCCAGUACGAAUAUCUUAUAUUAUGAUCUGUAUUUUUUCGGUACAAAUUUUGAUAUUAUGGACGAAAAUAAGCAGGGUGGAGGAUAUUCAUCGUUUCAAUGGAAAGGUCAGCAAUUGGAAUACAAGAAAAAUCUGGGGCUUCUCAAACUCAUUGAUUUCUCAAGCAAUAGAUUGAACGGCAGCAUUCCAAAAUCAUUUUCUGAGAUGAGGGGAUUAAAUUCCUUGAAUCUAUCAGGAAAUAGUUUGACCGGGACUAUAAUUCCUGACAUUGGUCAAAUGGAUAUGUUGAAUUCUCUUGAUCUAUCACACAACCAACUCUCUGGCAACAUACCAACCAGUCUCGCACAAAUAUACUCUCUUGGCGUUCUUGAUGUGUCGAACAACAACUUGUCCGGGAAAAUUCCAGCAAGUACUCAACUUCAAAGCUUCCAUGCUUCGGCUUAUGCCGGGAAUGAUGGACUCUGUGGCGACCCUCUGCCAAAGUGCCAAGAAGAUAGCUCCAGGCCACACGCCACUGCACCUGGGGAAAACAUGAAUGAGAACAACGACAUCAACUUCUCGUUUAUGCAGCGAUUUGGCAUAUCAAUGGCCUUUGGUUUUGUUUUUGGAUUUUGGGGGAGUUGCUGGCUUAUUCUUCAACCUGCUGGAUAUUGGUUCUAA